GGUGGAGGUCGGAUGUCGCCUGACCAGAUGGUAGAUAGCGAGAAGUUUUGUUUUGUGAGUUUACGAAUGAUUGAGCCGCAGAUCACAAGUAUCUUAAUGCAAGUGCCGUAAAACGCGUCAUCUGACCCUUACUGAAUGUUUUAUGAGUGAUUUGUCUUUGACAGACUGGACUGGAAGUGUUUGAAGUGUGGAAAUUGAGCACUUCAAAGUAACCCGAGCGCCCUGCUGCUGCCAGCCCGUUCCUGCGCGCGGAGAGACGGUUAGAAACCAUGGGCAACCGGGGGAUGGAGGAAUUGAUCCCCCUGAUCAAUAAACUCCAAGAUGCUUUCAGUUCCAUUGGCCAAAGCUGUAACUUAGACUUGCCGCAGAUCGCAGUGGUUGGAGGACAGAGCGCCGGAAAAAGCUCCGUGCUUGAGAAUUUCGUCGGCAGGGAUUUCCUUCCCCGAGGUUCAGGCAUCGUCACUCGCAGGCCUCUCAUUCUGCAAUUAGUUAACAACAAAGCUGAAUAUGCUGAGUUCUUACACUGCAAAGGGAAGAAGUUUGUGGAUUUUGAUGAAGUCCGGCAGGAAAUUGAAGCGGAGACCGACAGGAUUACAGGGUCCAACAAGGGCAUCUCUCCAAUCCCCAUCAACCUGAGAGUCUACUCUCCAAACGUAUUGAAUCUGACCCUCAUCGAUUUGCCGGGUAUGACCAAGAUUGCGGUGGGAGAUCAGCCCCCAGACAUCGAGCACCAGAUUCGAGAUAUGAUUCUGCAGUUCACCACUAAGGAGAGCUGUUUGAUUCUGGCUGUCACCCCUGCCAACACUGACUUGGCCAACUCGGAUGCCCUCAAGAUUGCGAAGGAGGUGGACCCUCAAGGAAUGCGUACCAUUGGUGUGAUCACCAAACUGGAUUUGAUGGAUGAAGGCACAGAUGCCAGAGAUAUCCUGGAAAAUAAACUCUUACCAUUGCGUAGAGGUUAUAUUGGCAUAGUGAACCGCAGUCAGAAAGAUAUAGAUGGCAGGAAGGAUAUUCGGGCCGCUCAGGCGGCAGAGAGGAAGUUCUUCCUGUCCCACCCCAGUUACAGACACAUGGCUGAAAAAAUGGGAACAUCACACUUGCAGAAGACCCUCAACCAGCAAUUGACCAACCACAUCCGGGACACACUGCCUGGCCUUCGCAGCAAACUCCAGUCUCAGCUCCUCUCUCUGGAGAAGGAGGUAGAAGAAUACAAAAACUUCCGCCCAGAUGACCCCACACGAAAGACAAAGGCCCUGCUGCAGAUGGUCCAGCAGUUUGGAGUGGACUUUGAGAAGUGCAUCGAGGGGUCAGGAGACCAGGUUGACACGGCAGAGCUCUCAGGUGGUGCCAAGAUUAACCGAAUUUUCCAUGAGCGCUUCCCCUUUGAGCUGGUGAAGAUUGUGUUUGAUGAGAAGGAGCUACGGCGAGAAAUCAGUCACGCCAUUAAGAACGUCCAUGGUGUCAGAACUGGGCUGUUCACUCCAGAUCUGGCGUUUGAAGCCAUCGUGAAAAAGCAGAUCAUUAAGCUGAAAGAGCCCUGUCUGAAAUGUAUCGAUCUGGUUAUUCAAGAGCUCAUCAACACAUUCAGGCAGUGCACCAACAAGCUGGGUUCUUACCCCAGAUUGCGAGAGGAGACGGAGAGAAUUGUCACCACUUAUGUCAGAGAGAGAGAAGGCAAAACCAAGGACCAGGUUCUUCUGCUGAUUGACAUCGAGCUGUCUUACAUCAAUACCAAUCAUGAAGACUUCAUUGGAUUUGCAAAUGCCCAGCAAAGGAACAUUGUCAACAAGAAGAGGGCCGUUCCCAACCAGGGUGAGAUAAUGGUGAUCCGUAAAGGCUGGCUGACACUCAACAUCAGUAUCAUGAAGGGCGGCUCCAAGGAAUAUUGGUUCAUCCUGACGGCCGAAUCGAUGUCCUGGUACAAGGACGAAGAGGAAAAGGAGAAGAAAUACAUGCUUCCACUGGAUAACCUGAAACUCAGAGAUGUGGAGAAAGGCUUCAUGUCCACUAAGCACAUUUUCGCUAUCUUCAACACUGAGCAAAGGAAUGUUUAUAAGGACUUGCGUCAGAUCGAGUUGGCCUGCGACUCUCAGGAGGACAUGGACAGCUGGAAAGCCUCUUUUCUCAGAGCGGGAGUUUAUCCUGAGAAAGAUCAGGUGGAGUCAGAAGACGCCGCUCCAGCAGACAGCUUCUCCAUGGACCCUCAGCUGGAGAGGCAGGUGGAAACCAUCCGUAACUUGGUGGACUCCUACAUUGGAAUCGUCAACAAGACCAUCAGAGACCUCUUGCCCAAGACUAUCAUGCAUCUCAUGAUCAACAGCGCUAAAGACUUCAUCCAUUCAGAGCUGUUGGCGUAUUUGUACUCAUCAGGAGACCAGAACAGUCUGAUGGAGGAGUCUGCAGAUCAAGCCCAGCGCAGAGACGAGAUGCUGCGCAUGUAUCAUGCCAUUAAAGAGGCCCUCAACAUCAUCGGUGACCUCAGCACCAGCACUAUAUCCACCCCCGUGCCUCCACCCGUCAACGACAGCUGGAUGCCAGAAACUAGCCCCUCUCCUCAGCGCAGACCACCAACAACUGCCCCACCCCCCAACAGGCCUCCAGCAGUGAGAGGCCCCACACCAGGUCCGCCUCCUCUAAACCCUACCUCUGCCUAUGUGGCUCCACCCAUCCCCUCUCGGCCAGGCCAUCCCAUAAAUGCAUUCAGCAACAGUGGCCAGGAUCCUUUCAGUGCACCUCCUCAGAUCCCCUCUCGCCCCGCACGCAUCCCUCCGGGCAUUCCCAGCAGAAGACCCCCUGGCGCACCCAACCGGCCCACCAUUAUCCGCCCUGCCGAGCCCUCCCUGCUAGACUAGACCCAUGCGUUGGGCACCAUAGUGUGCUGGGCUCACACAAAGAGCUUUAGGAAGGGCUGCAGAACUGCACUGAAAUAUGUGCACAUGUGUCUUCACGUACAGCCUGACCAAUAGACAUAAUCCACUCAAAACUGUUCUGUAAUCAGCGCUGCUAUUUACAUAGUUUUUAAAGCCCACCGGUGUAAAUUAAGCACAUAAAUAUUACAAUUAUUACAAUAAUUUUGUUAAAGUAUAGAGUAGGGUGAAGAGGCCUCCAAUUUUCAGUCAUUUCAUCAAUCACAUAGGUCAGGUGACCACCAGGGGGCAUCUUAUUCAACUUGUGUAGAUGAAACAAAAUUACAUCUCAUUUUCCUUUGCUGGAGAUAUAUGCCGCCUCUAGUGAUCUAAUGUGGAAUAAAAUGUACAAAAGCACUGUGCAAGCUAGUUGCUGUUAAACUAGCCUGUUUCCUUCCUCUUCUUGGGUAACUUAAUGGUGGUUGAAGACUUUCUUGUAAUAGACACACUUAAUGUAUUAUAUAUAUUUUUCUUUCUGUAUUUCCUUGACUCUCAACAUGAUAUGCUGAAAUAAGACACCACCACUAUUGUCAAUAUUGCUAUUUGGGGUAAAUGUAAAAAAAAAAAAUAUAUAUAUAUAUAUAUUUCUCAAUUGGGUGUCUUGUAUAAGUAACCCUCUAAAUAACUGGUACACUAACUCGGUGAGAAGAGUGGAAUGGAGACCACGAUCAGUGAUAUCAAUGCUAUCCAAAAUGGCACUCGGUCUCACAGGAUUGUUAAUUGUAACUCCGUAGCAGCCAACCAAUCAAACACCUAGAUGUUAACUCCCAUUUUUGGUGUUACAAAAUCCAAAACUGUUGUCAGGAAAUGUGGGUCUAUUCUUUUAGCUACAGUAAUCUUAUGGAUAGUUGGAGGUGGCGGUAUGUGUAUGCAAAUUUGUUAUGAUUUGUUUAUUCAAAUAAUCAUUUGUUUAGAUGAAUAUAAUCCUGGAAAGUGCAGUAACCACUUGCGACGGGCCGACCCGUCAGCGCUCUGUAAGAUUGCGUCUCAGGUAACAUCCGACUCCAAAUAUGGUAACAUGGUUUACGUUUGCUUAGCGUUCCCGGUUUGAACAUUGCAACUUAAAUUAAACUGCAGGACCUUAUGGGUCGUAUUGACUUCACAUUCAGGGAUGGUGAGGGUCAGGGUAGAGCUCUACCAGAAUUGGGAAUGCACUGGACAAUAAUUUUGGGCAACUUGACCACAGGAUCACUGAAAAUGGUACAUGCAAGCGCAUUUGAGGUCUUGGGGCAUUUCGGAACCAGACCGCAACAGGGAACAAGUCUGUUCUCACAUAUACAGACACGUUAUGAAAGUAUACGCAAAAAAAUGGUCAACCUUUAAAUGAGUAGUUCACACAAAACUAUCAAUUCUGUCAUCAUUUACCCACCCUCAUGUCAUUACAAACCCAUAUGACUGACUUUAUUCUAUGGAACACAAAAAGAGAUUAAGUUGGGUAGGAUGUUCAUGCUGCUCUUUUUCAUACAAUGGAAGUGAAUGGUGACCAAGGGCUUUCAAGCUCCAGAAAAUUACCAUUAAAGUAGUCAAUUACACUUAUGAUCUACAUUAGAAGUCUUCUGAAGUCAAACAAUAGCUUUACGUGAGGAACAGACCAACAUUUAUGUAAAAAAAUGAAACCCUGUGUAUCUUUAUGCACCAUAUUUUAAUUUAUGUGAACGCAAGAGAUUUGAAAUCCAUGGCGGGGGAAGAUUUUCGAACAGUUUUAAAUUCAGUAUUUUACUCACACAAAGCUAUCAUAGUGCUUCAGAAGACUUGGAAUAGACAUUUACUUUAAUGGUGCUUUUGUCAUUUUUGGAGCUUCAUGGCCACUGGUCACCAUUCAUUUUCAUUGUAAGGAAAAGAGCAGUGCUAAUGCUAUAUUUUUGUCUCAUUUUGUGUUCCACAGAUGAAAGUAAAUCAUACAGGUUUGGAGUGACAUAAAGGUAAGUAAAUAAUUUUUUGGGUGAACUAUCCCUUUAACACAGAGAUAAUUUACUAAUACACAAGUUGGAGGUGUGGCUUGGGCUAAAGGGAAAUCUUAUUUCCGAGUGUAUAAUUUAUAACCUGCAAAUGUAUCUUUGUGUUGAUUUGCAUUUUUUUAUAUAUACUGUUUGCUUCCUUUUUUUUCCUGAAUAGAACAUAUUUUUCCCUAUCGACCAAUACGGAUAUGGGCAUAGAGAAUUUUGAUUAGCAGUAGCUUAAAUCUAUGUUGUUUGCUUGUAUUGAUCACGAGAUGGGCUGAUGACACAAAUACACAGUGUAAGAGGGAGAGACUUUGAUUUGAACUUGAGCAUUUUCUUCAGAGAAUCCAUCCGUAAAUAAUCGGAGGCUUACAGACGAUUUGUGCACGCUGAACUGGUUGCAGAAGCGGCCACAGAUAAGCUGAAACUUAGUGAUAGUUCACCCGAAAAAUUUAAAUUUGUCAUUUGCUCAUUCAAAUGUUGUUCCAAACAUCCAAAUUACUUUUUUUCCUCCGUAAAACACAAAAGAUGAUGUUAGGUAGAAUGUUCAAGAUCUCUUUCCAUUCAGUGAAAAAUGGAUAGCUGUAGUCACCAUUUACUUAAAUGACACCAGGGUGAGUAAAUUAUGACAGAAGUACAAUGUUUGGGUGAAAUAUCCAUUUGAAACAAUCAGGAAUCUCUUAUCACAUUUUUCCUGGAAAGAAGGCUUCCGUGAUAGCGACUGCCCCUCUUUAUUCUCCACAAUCCAUCUGUUUUUGAAGGCUUGAAUUAGACUUAGAAAUUACAUUUCAAAUUAUAAUAUCUUUUUGUCUUGAUAAAGCUUAAAUCACUGCAGCCAUACCUUCCAUUGACUUCCAUAGUCUUUAAGAUUAAAGUGGCCCGAUCUGUCUCUGCCCAUUCCUCCCUCAUUAUCUUUCUCCAUUUGUGUAGAGAUGGGGACUGAGGACAUAUUUAGCAUUCUUUUGUAUGCUUUUGGAAUAACAAAAUAUUGUCAAGUGCCUGUGUACCAAUUAUAAUGGACUAGCAGAUUGCAUUAUGAGAAUGGUAAAGUGAGAUAAUAAAAGUUGAUGUGUAUAAUAAAGAUCUGCCGCUCUGCUGGUCCGUGUUUCCUUGUGUCUC